AUGUUCAUCACUUCCGCUGUGCAGUAUCUCGCCUACCUCGCUAUCGUACUAGACCACGGAGUCUUCGGUGUCGACCCUCCUAAUAUCCAACGUGUCAAGAAGAUUCUUCCUGAGAAGGACUUCGAGUACCUAUUCCCCCACCGCAAUAGACAGGCAGGACCGAAGCCGUAUACCUACUCCGGCUUCCUCGCUGCGGUGGCCAAGUUCGACGAGUCCUGCAAUGAAGCUCACGGGGGUCUAGACUUGGAUACAGCAUUCAAGAAAGAACUCUCCAUCAGUUUCGCUCACUUCACUCGAGAAACUGGAGAGAACAGUGGCUGGGGGCCGGUCCCUCGCGGACGUCAAGGUCUCUCCUUCCCCAGCGAAGUCGGGUGCACCGCGGCUGCAUGCCCGUAUUGUUCAUCGAAUUCCGAGUAUCCAUGUCAGAAAGGUCAAGGCUAUUAUGGUAGAGGUGCACUAUUGUUGGUUCCUCACAGCGAAUGA